CUCACUUUUCUCAAUCCUAAACACAACAAAACACAACACAGACACCAAAUCAUCAUCACUCACACACCACACCAGACCACAGUUUCUUUCAAAGGGAAUCUCAAUCUCAAUCUCAACCUCUCCCAUGUCCCUAACAUUCUCCUUAUAACCCUCCAAAUCCAACAUCAACACAACACACAACACCAACCUCAAAACCAUAGACAUAAAACAUCAUCAACGUUUUCAUUUCAACACCUCAUAAAGGCCCUCUAAAAUCCAAACCUCAAAGACUGCUAAAACCUUGUUGUUACAAUGAACAUGUUAGGCCUCAGAGACUUGGUCCUCAUAGCUCCAACCCCUUCUCAACUUCACCACCAUCAACACCAACACCAACACCAGCACCAGCACCAACACCACCCCAUUUCAGCAGAGCACCAUCCCAACCUUGCCUUGCCUUCUCCAGCUUCUCUCAGUGUUGGCCUUGGCAUUUUCCCUCUGCUAACCGUUCCACACACCAAUGAUGUUCAUGAUCAGGUUCAGGACUGUGCCAACAACACCACCACCACCAACCACAACACCAACUACUGGAACCUCAAGAUGUGUGGUGUCUCGGAAGUGAAUUCCACCAGAAAAGGUGUCAUGAACGUGGAAGAUGAGGCGAGCAACAAGCAUGUGAUGGAGAGUGAGGAAAGUGGUGAGUUUAGGGUGUGCCAGGAUUGUGGCAAUAGGGCCAAGAGGGAUUGCAGCUACAAGAGGUGCAGGACUUGUUGCAAAGGACGUGGCUUUGAUUGCAGCACUCACGUGAAGAGCACGUGGGUCCCAGCCUCUCUCAGACGCAGUGGUGGUAACAGUGGUAGUGAUGGUAACGGUGAUGGAGAUGCUGAUGCUGGUGCUUCUAAGAGGCUAAGAACAAUAGGGUCAUCCAAGAAUGUUGCAGCUACUUCUCUUAGUUCAACUUCCAAUGCUACCCCAUCAAAGAGCUUUAGCAUAGACACUAGCUCAUGUCAACAAGAUGCUGGUUUCAAGCAAUCUUUGCCACGGCAUGUGCGUGCACCUGCUGUGUUUAGGUGCCACAGAGUGUCUGCUAUUGGGAGUGGUGAAGAUGAGAUUGCUUACUUGGCCACAGUGCAUAUCAGUGGCCAUGUGUUCAAGGGGUUUCUGUAUGAUCAUGGUGCUGAUGCCAGAAAUGAUGUGCCUAGUGUCUCUGAACUGCAACUGGGAAACAAUGGAAGUGGAAAGAGUAAUAAUAGGGAAUGUUCUUCUGCAAUUGGGAUUCCAACCAGUGCUUACCCUGCUUCUGUUUGCUGAGAUUUCUUCAAGGUGCUGGAGAAUCUGCUGUUUUGCAGGGAAAAGAAACUGACACAGUAUAUGUGGUCUUCUGUUACCUGUUCUGUAAAUUUCUGUUCUAAAGAAUGUUUAUAUAUUCAUAUAUAAUAUAUAUAGAGGGACCAGGUUUCAAUUUCUUGCAUCAGAAUUGAGACAUUUAUUCGUGUUCAGGAAUCUUAUAUUAUGUUGUUCAGUGCUAAAUCAGAGUUUUAUUUUAUCUCAA